AUUUUUUAGAGCUUUUUUACAUGUAUGGUGGAUAAGUCUCGAAUGGUCAAUGACACAAACUAUAAGAAAAUUGAAGAACAUACAGAAAAAUGUAAAGAAAUAUUAAAGAACAAAACACAGGAAAUAAUAGCUACGGAUUGCAGUAACGAAGGAAUAAACGUAGCUGAAAAGAUGAAGAUAUGCUGGGAAGAAGCAAAGCGUAAAUGGCAAGAACGGAUGAAGGGCCGAGGGCAAGACCAGUGGGUCGGCCAUGGGCAAGGCCAGUGGGUCGGCCAUGGGCAAGGCCAGUGGGUCGGCCAAGGGCAGGGCCAAAUGCCGACCGUUUUAAGUGACAAACUACAGCACUAGGACAUCCAGGAUGGAAUCCGGACGGGAGGAAAGAAUUAAAAAAUAAACCAAAGAUUUAUAAAUUCAAAUGCUAAGACUAUCUUCAAACGUAAUUCAAAAUAACCUUAAAUGGAUUCGAAGUUUAAUAAUUUUAAAAAUAUAUUGUUAGCACCCUACAAUUUUUAAAUAGAUGAUUAUUUAAUUGAUAUUUAAAUCAAUACAUAAAGACAAAUUGGUAAAGUUUGCAAGUCGAAACGUGUUGAUAAUAAAAAUAUUUCUGUCAGUAUGGCUUUCUUUUUUGUUUAAUGUGUAAGUCAACACGUAAGCGUAUUAGUAGAUGCUGACAUGUGUACACUUAUAUAAUGCUCACUGCUGAAACAACUUUCUGCUCAAAUUAUUGAUAGGUUAACGUGAGACACGCGUAUUCAAGAGAGCAGAGGAAAAAUAUCUAGCUCCUUGACCAUAAAAUGAAGAUAAUAUUAAUAUUGUUACGCACAAAGAUGGAUAUUCAAUUAACAUAGACAGUAGCCACAUUUUCGCCCAUUAGUAGUAGUUUCGACCCACAAUACGGUUCAUCAACAUGAGAUUGGGAAGGGAAACAUCUUGAUCAUUACUAUCCAUAAUA